GUCGUUUUGGGUUAGGUGUUACAAUUUUUGUGUUUAAAAUCAUGAUGGCUCCAGAGAUGAAAUAAGUACUAAGUUUUGACAAUGGCAGAAGCGCCUUUAGCUCAGUAUAUUUCCUUGGAGGAAGGUAUUUCUCAUAAGCCUUCCAAUCAAGUGAUGGAGAAAGAGCAUGGUCAGGAAAUAUUAAGCUGGAAUGGUAAAUCUUCAGAACAUUCACUUGUUACAGGUGUAAAACAACCAACCAGCCAUGAUUUACCACCAACUAGUGAGUUUCAUGUUGAGGCUAAUUUGUCUCAACCAUUGCCUCAAGUAGCGACACCAUUUAUGUCUCCACCACAACUUGGUUCCCCUGAUCCUGUACACGACUUGCCCCAGGAGCUCCUGGAUGCUGGCUGGAGACGUUUCUGGAGUAGAAGAGAAGGACGGCCGUAUUUCUUCAAUAAAUUAACAAACGAAUCAUUGUGGGAAAUGCCACGACUCGGGAAUUCAACUCAAUUUGAUCCUGUCACUGAUCCACUGGGGAUUCAAAUUCAGACUCCAACAACACCCCAAACUCCAAUAUUCCCACCAAACCAAGCUCUUCCAGUGCUUCAGAAAGCCGGAGAAAAACGUCGUGCAUCAUUGGUGGAUGACAUGACUGUUCCAAGCAAGCGGUUUAUUCUAAUUGGACCCUGGGAUCUAGAAGUUGCCACUAAUGUAAUCUCAUGGGAAAGGACGCCAUCUCUCCUUCCACCCCCUCAUCCAGAAGUGGAGCAGUUCAGAGCAUCUUUAGUUGGAAAACUCCGUCAGCAGUAUCAAGAGAUGUGUCAUUCUCGAGAAGGUACGUGUUGA